CGGCGGAGCUCCGGACGGAGAGCCGCUGGACGCCGCCGCUGCUGCUGGAGCUCAUCGGCACCACAAACAACAACAACAAACAAAACAACAACAUAGGAAUAUUUGUCUCCACCUCCAGUAGUAAUAGCCCUCAAAUCCGACAACAGCAGGGAGCAGCCAUGCCUUUCGGUAACACGCACAACCAGUUGAAGAUGAAAUUCGCCGCGGAGGAGGAGUAUCCGGACCUCAGCAAACACAACAACCACAUGGCCAAGGUCCUCACCCCCGAAAUGUACGCGCAGCUGCGGGACAAGCAGACCCCCAGCGGAUUUACCCUGGAUGAUGUCAUCCAGACCGGGGUGGAUAACCCAGGCCACCCAUUCAUCAUGACGGUGGGCUGCGUGGCCGGAGACGAGGAGACAUAUGAGGUGUUCAAGGACCUCCUGGACCCCGUCAUCGAGGACAGACACGGAGGAUACAAACCGUCCGACAAGCACAAGACCGACCUGAACGCAGACAACCUGCAGGGAGGAGAUGACCUGGACCCCAACUACGUCCUGAGCUCCAGGGUCCGAACAGGACGCAGCAUCCGCGGCUUCUGCCUGCCGCCACACUGCAGCCGGGGGGAGCGCCGCGCCGUGGAGAGCCUGUCCAUCGAGGCUCUGGACUCUCUGAGCGGAGACCUGAAGGGGAAAUACUACGCCCUGAAGAACAUGACAGACGCCGAGCAGCAGCAGCUCAUCGACGACCACUUCCUGUUUGACAAGCCGGUGUCUCCUCUGCUGCUGGCCUCAGGGAGGGCCCGCGACUGGCCCGACGCCCGCGGCAUCUGGCACAAUGACAACAAGACGUUCCUGGUGUGGGUGAACGAGGAGGACCACCUGCGCGUCAUCUCCAUGCAGAAAGGCGGCAACAUGAGGGAGGUGUUCACCCGCUUCUGCACCGGGCUCACAAAGAUCGAGAGCCUGUUCAAGGACCGAGGCCACGCCUUCAUGUGGAACGAGCACCUGGGAUACGUCCUCACCUGCCCGUCCAACCUGGGCACCGGGCUGCGCGCCGGCGUCCACGUCAAGCUGCCCAACAUGAGCAAACACGCCAAGUUCGAGGAUGUGCUGAAGAAGCUGCGCCUGCAGAAGCGAGGAACCGGGGGCGUGGACACGGCCGCCGUGGGCGGAGUCUUCGACAUCUCCAACGCCGACCGGCUGGGCUUCUCCGAGGUGGAGCUGGUGCAGAUGGUGGUGGACGGCGUCAAGCUGCUGGUGGACAUGGAGAAGAGGCUGGAGAAGGGCCAGUCCAUCGACGACCUGAUGCCCGCCCAGAAGUAACUCCAUAACUACUACGACCCUCCACCCCCGCCCCCCUCUGAAUGAGUGACUCCGUCCUGAAUGCUCUGUACUGCAGUUUGGGUUUGUGUAUUUAAGAAACUGUUCCUGUAAGGUGAAGAUCUGACACGAAUAAAACAUUCUGGUUCAAGCAGAC